AGUCGGUCACGGCUGAGAGAUUCACGACCCUAAAGUUUUGUCAUCAACCUUCCUAACUUUCCAUGGAUUCCUCGUCUCUUAACUCCCCGGAGCUGAUGAAUUUCAUCAAUGAAGAGAAGCAAAGAGCUAUGGUUGCUGAGAUGGUGGCAAAGCUCACCAGUGUGUGUUGGGACAAGUGUAUCACUGGUUCACCAGGGAGUAAGUUCAGCUCCAGCGAAUCCAACUGUCUAUCAAACUGCGCUCAACGCUAUAUGGAUAUGAGCAUCAUCAUUAUGAAACGGUUCCAAAACAGUUAGUUGAUUCUGCUCAACGGGAGGCUUGAUUUUCCAAUUACAAGACGAUGUAUUUUGCUCGAAUUUAUCUUUCAAUCAUCUCUUCAAACUGAAAGGAGAAGGUCUAAUUUGAAAGUUGAUCCAUUCCAUAAAUCAAACUGUUUUACAUCUGAUCUUGAUGAUAAUGGUAUGAAAAAAAAAGUAGUCAUGGUGGUGAUGUUAUUUCUUU